UAAUAAUGGCGACGACUGCAAAGACGUCUUGUAAAUAUUAAACAAGAAAAAAGUGUUUUUAAAGUGAAAAUUAAUAAAAAUUUCGUGUAAAAAUCGAAAGAAUAACAAUUUCUCUCAAUGCCCUAUCGAUGAAAUACAUGGAUGUUCGAGGGUAUUCACUAAAAAACAUAAAAAUUACGGCGGCAAAAGUUUUUCUUGUCUUUUCGUGGUAAAUUUUUUUUUGGGUAGAAAGAAAGAAAAAAUGUAAAGAAACGUCGAUAAUAAAAAGAAUAAAGACCACACAAAAAAAGGAAAAAAAAUCAAAUCUCAAGUAAUUACAGAGAAAAAAAGAUUGCAAUACACACAACUGGCGAAAAGAAUAUACAAAUUAUGAAAAAAUAUGCAAAAAGAAUUGACAAAAAAUAAAAAAGAAAAUAACACACAGAAAUGGUAUGAAUGGUCGGUUCGGUUGGUCGGUCUGUCGGUCAGCAGCCGCAGAAAGAGGAACGGAACGAGUGAGUGUUUUGGUGUAUGAUGAUGAUGAGUGCGAGCGUGUGUGUGCGAUGAUGUUGUUAACUAUCGGCUUUGCUGCCAGUCGUCUCCUCGAAUGUGUGUUGUUGUUGUAUAUGGAAGUGAAGUGAGUGUGUAAGGAAGGAAAAAUCAUCGGAAGAGAGGUGGCUAACUGGCGGCGGCUGGUUGGUAGCACUUGCAAUGAAAAGCAGCUAAGAAUUAUAAAUUUUUCCAAAAGGAAUUGUAAUGCCUUGAACGAAAAGAACAUUUUUUUUGACGUCUUAAGAAGAAACACAUAAAUAUUAUUAGAAUCUGAAGCACACGCCUUUGCGCACAAUUGCACCGUCAAAUGAAACAACCACCUUACAGCAGAAGCAGCAGCAGCAAAUCGCAUCAAUAAUCAAACUAACCAACCAACCAACCAAUCUUAACUAAACCCGUCAAAAGUAAUUAUAAUUCCACAACAACAUAAAAGAAGACGAAAAACGAAAAACACAAGUGAAGAAGAACGAAAUACUCCAAAAAAAACCAAGUAUUAAUUUCUUUGGCAUUAAUAACAUUGGAAUUUGACAUACUCACAAAGACUCUACGAGCUUUAUGUCAAUGCCGUGUGUGCGGGUGCAUAGCAUUGAACUCUCCCCCCAAAUUGACUCCCUCCCUCCUGCUAUUCUCAACGACUUGAUGAUAUUUGAUGUUGACCCAAUCUUCUUUAUAAAUAUGUAGACAUUAAGCAAUAUUAACUCUAAAAUAAACAAAAAAAUAUAUAACAUAAAAUAACCAAUCAACAAUCUAUAUAUCACAAGAAGAAAAACAAAAUCAAGAAGAAGCAGAAGCAGCCCAGGAGUUGGAGUGGAGUAUUACAAUCUGACCAACUUUUUCUAAGCUCUCACACACACACAUACACAAACUACAAACAUUACUUUGUGGUCGAUUUUUGCUUAGGCGAAAAGCAAACAGAAGCAAGAAACAAUAUUAAUAAUUUUAUUAAGGAAAGGAAACAACGAAGAAGUCACAAUACAUGUGUUUGCCGCUGUUUAAAUCACUGGAAUUAUGUCACAAAGAGGUAAACGCGGCAAUCAUUUGCAUCAUCCAAGACUUGAUGUUGAACCACAGCCACCACCCACAAAAAGACGUAAAGGGCGGCCACCCAAUAGUGGUGGCGGCGGUGGUGGUGGAGGUGUUGUGGCUGGCAGUAGUGGCAGCAAUGUUGGUGGCGGUGGUAGUGGUGGCGGCCCUGGUGGGCACGGACUUAUCCCGCCAACCUAUAAUCCUGCCUUCAAUGCUGGUGGCAGUACCAGCUGUAAUAGUGCAUUAAUAUCAAGCAAUACAACAACCAAUACCACACAAAUUGAUACCGACAAUCCAACAGCAGCAACAGCCAAAGCACAUGCUUCAACAUCAAGCGCAUCAGCAGCAGCAGGUGGUGUUGAUGAUUCAGCCAUGUGUUCCACAAGCUCUAAAGCAAUGGGGGCCAUACAAGCCGGUUGUUCAUCAUCGGCCGCAGCGUGGCAGGCAAGAUCGGUGUCUGACAUUAAAAUGUCUAGUAUAUAUAAUCGGAGUUCAACCGAAGCACCAGCAGAGCUUUAUCGCAAGGAUCUCAUAAGCGCAAUGAAAUUACCAGAUUCUGAACAACUGGCCAACUAUGAAUAUCUAGUGGUAACCGAUCAAUGGAAACAAGAAUGGGAACGUGGUGUUCAAGUACCAGUUAACCCAGAUUCCUUGCCUGAACCGUAUGUUGAAGUGUUGACUGAACCUAUAGUGCCACCCGCUCAUGACUUUAAACUUCCAAAAAACCGCUUCCUGCGCAUAACCAAAGACGAUGCUUACUCAACGGAGUUACAUUAUCUAACAAAUGUUGUUGCUUUAGCUGAAAAUUCCUGCUCCUAUGACAUUGAUCAAGUCGAUGAAUCAUGGCUUAAAUUAUACAAUGCCGAUCGUGCACAAUAUGGUGCUCCCUUUGCCAUAAGUGAAACUCAAUUUGAGCGUGUUAUCGAAGAACUGGAGGUUCGAUGUUGGGAACAAAUUCAGGUUAUAUUAAAGAAUGAAGAGGGUUUGGGUAUUGAAUAUGAUGAAAAUGUCAUAUGCGAUGUUUGUCGAUCUCCUGAUUCGGAGGAAGCUAAUGAAAUGGUUUUCUGUGAUAACUGCAAUAUUUGUGUGCAUCAGGCUUGUUAUGGCAUAACAGCCAUACCAUCGGGCCAAUGGCUAUGUCGAACCUGUUCGAUGGGCAUUAAACCGGACUGUGUAUUAUGUCCGAACAAAGGAGGUGCAAUGAAAUCAACAAAAUCGGGCAAACAUUGGGCGCAUGUUUCUUGCGCCCUUUGGAUACCAGAAGUCAGUAUUGGGUGUGUUGAUCGUAUGGAACCCAUAACGAAAAUAUCCAGCAUUCCACAAAGCAGAUGGUCUUUGGUGUGCGUACUGUGUCGAGGCCGAGUGGGCGCCUGUAUACAGUGUUCGGUGAAGACCUGUAAGACGGCAUAUCAUGUUACAUGUGCUUUUCAACAUGGCCUGGAAAUGCGGGCCAUCAUUGAGGAGGGUAACGCAGAAGAUGGCGUUAAAUUGCGUUCAUAUUGUCACAAACACAGUGUUAGCAAGGGUAAAAAGGAGGCCAACAAGGGCAGCUCAAGCAGUGGAAACUGUAAAAACAAAUUGGGCAAUAGCAAUGGUGGUUCGGGCACAGAAGAUGAUGAUUGUCGAAGGCGUAAGAGUCGUAAAUCGGAUAUGACCUCAGAAGAACGCAAUCAGGUCCGAGCAAGAAGAUUACAGGAGGUUGAAUCGGAAUUUGACAAACAUGUCAAUAUUAAGGAUAUCAGCUGCCAUCUCUUCGAUGUCGACGACGAAGCAAUUGAAGCCAUCUACAAUUACUGGAAGUUGAAGAGGAAAUCUCGAAAUAAUCGUGCCCUCAUACCGCCCAAGUCAGAAGAUGUUGAAAUGAUUGCCCGCAAACAGGAACAACAGGACAUUGAAAAUCACAAAUUAGUUGUCCAUCUGCGCCAAGACUUGGAGCGUGUACGUAAUCUUUGUUACAUGGUUAGUCGACGUGAGAAACUUUCUCGCUCUCUGUUCAAAUUACGGGAACAAGUUUUCUACAAACAAAUCUCGGUGCUAACUGAGGAUAAUCAAAGGGCACGCGACCAGAACGAGCCAAGUGAUGAACAAUUUAAGAAUGCUGUCAUUUAUGCAAAUGACGGACCAACGCUUUAUGAUCGCUUCUAUUCUUCCGGUGAUCGUAGUAAACACCAGAACACACAGUACCAAAGCUUAGAAUAUAUUCUGGAGAAACUGCUGGGCAAUGCAACCACAAAUAAGAAUGGACCAAAAAGUUCGAACAAAACGUCGUCGACGGCGACGACGUCAACGUCACAGCAUAGUAGAGCUUCCACUUCGCCGACAAAGCGUUUAAAUAAGUCAUCAUCAGGUGCGAGUACCUCAGGAACAACAUCAACAUCAACUGCGCAACAAAAUUCCUCCUCUGUAACGGCGUCAACAUCAACAUCAGCGUCAGCAUCAACGACGAAAUCGCCUGCCAACAAAAAAGUUAACAAUGGUGCUGUAUCGGUGGGGGCAAAGGCUUCAACAAAUAUUCCAACAGCAGGAGAGAAAGGUUCGCUUAACACAAACAACAGGCGGCGCAGCUCUACCGGCCUUGAUAAAACCUCAAAACCAGCAGCAUCAAAUAUCACAUCUGGAGGCUCCAGUACGCGGCCCCGUCUAAGCAAUACCAGAACUCCAACAAAAUCUAGCAAGCAAUCUGCCUCCAAAAGCUCCGAUGAUAGUUCCAGUUCUUCGGGUAGUUCAUCAUCAGAUGACGACGAUGAUUCCUCUUCCGACAAUGGUUCGUCGUCGGGUAGCGGCAGUUCUUCUGGAUCUGAAAGUGCUACAAGUUCAACAGAAUCCGCCACAUCAUCUUCAAGUUGUGAUGAGAAAUCGCCCCGGGCUGGUGGCAAAUCAUCAGCUCCAAAGAAGGUGCUGCAAAAUAAACGUGAAAGCUAUACACGUUCGCUGGAAAUGAGAGCCAAACAAAGAAGAAAGAGUACGGCAGCUCCAGAAACUGUGACGCCGCAUGAAUCUAAGGAAAAUAAGUCCGGCAAUGCCGCUGGGGCUACGUCGGUACCAGCCAAUACAAAAGCCAAUCGCAGUGGUGAGGGUAAAACUUCUUCUGAUAUAACAACCGUGCUUUCCAGUUCCAGCGAUGUGGAGAAUGAAGCUGAGACGGCCAAGAAAAAUAAAUCAUCAUCGUCAGUACCUGUCAACAAUAAAUCACAACAACAACAACAACAAACAGAUAAAAACCAAACAGGAGCGGUACAACCAUCUGCUGCGUUGAACAACAAGACGCCAGCAACAAGUCGAACAAAAAAGGAACAAGAAGACGAGGCCAAUUCGUCGUCCACCUCAUCUUCGUCGGCGUCCUCGUCAAGUGAUGAAAGUCUGGAGUUAAUACCUGCUAAGAAGAAUAGGAAAGCAUUGGCCGCUCCUAGUUCCACUGCUGGAAAUGAAAGUGGCGCACAACAAAAAUCCAGAAAUCCCGGCAACCGCAAAGCCAUUGAGCAAAUCUAUUCAGAUUCCGAUGACAGCUCUUUGGGGUCGUCUGACAACAACAAGGACAAGGAGGAGGAACGCACAGCCGAGAGUAAUGUUAGCGAUUCUCAGAAUCAGCAAACGAUACGAACGAAGGCGGCAAUGAAGGAGUUUACACUGCAACAACAAACUUGUGCUAAAAUACAGAAAGACAGCAAUGCCACAUUAACAACGGCGAAAUCUGCGACGAAAAGCACAACAAGUGCUGCAUCCAAAGGCAAGGACAAAGGUGAAAAAUCGUCCUCCUCCACGACGGAGGGCAAUAAACGAACUAGCACUUCUUCCUUGGAUAUGGAAAAACAACUUAAGUUUCCGGCCGAUUUACUGGUUGUGCCUCAGCGGCAAGCGGCAAAGAAGGCAUCGGAAAACAUGCGUUCCACAGGUGCUGUGGUGGCAGCGUCUUCCUCAAGUUCGAUAUCAUCCAGUGCGAGCAGUCAACAGCGUGACUCAUCGUCGGAUCUAAAGUCGCGUGAUGUAAGUGCCAAAACGCAACGUGGCGGUGGUAGUGAUGUUCCGAAAUCCUCAUCGGAUGAUAAAGCGGACAAAUCUAAGGGGGGCAGUGCCAGUAGAACGGAUGAAAAACCAAGUGCCAAUAAACGUGGUCGUCCUCCAAAGAAUCUAAAAGACAAUGUGACGACGACGUUGUCGUCGAACGAUACUAACAAUACUAGUCAAUCAUCAACGUCCACAACCCGUGCAACAAAGGAUCAAUUAGCAGCAUCAACCAAAGUUGAAGCGGAGGCAAAGAAAAGCUCAUCCUCUUCCUCCUCCACUCCAGCAGCAGCAGCAACAGCAGUAAAUGAACCACAAAAUAGCGCCAAAUCAUCCCCAGCUACAGAAAAGGCAUCACAACCUCCCUCGCCGGCCCAGAAACCUGCAGCAGCAGCAAAUUCAACAACGAACGACACCAUCAAAUCGAAUAUUCUUGUCGCCUAUGUUCCACAACGGCAGGCGGCAAAGAAAGCUGCGGAACAGCUUAAGAAUAGCAUAAAGCCUUUGGUGACCAAUGCGGAUGUAUCAGCGACAACAUCAACGGCGGCAAUGGAAGAUAAGGACCGUUUGAGUAGCAGUGAAAAGGAUUCCAAAUUGAAAACACCAGAAAAUCGCCAAACCAAAUCCAUGCCAACGCGGCGAAUGUCAGUACGAGAUUCCACGCUUGCUGGCAAAGAAAAGCAGGACUCUUUAUCUGCUCUUUCAACGCCGUCAAAAACAAAAGACACAACGCCAACAAGGCUAGCGAGCAUUUCCCCCUCAGUGAAAACUCCAGCUGCCCCUCCCCCAGCAUCUCCUUCAGCAGUUUUAGUUCCUCCGGUAUCUAUUGGAGAAUUGCCUACAGAUUCAGUUGCAGCUAAAGCUCCCAUAUUGUCUCCAGCCACCCCUAACAAAACGAAUAAUAAUAACAGAAGGCGUUCCAAAGACGAGAACAUUAGUGCUAUACCUACCGUGCCACAAAGUACGGCAACAACGGCACCCGAGACACCAGCGACAGCAGCGACCGGGACGACGACGUCCAGUACAACUCCCAAACGUGUGCCAAGCCUGGAUAAAAAGCGAAAAAUUUCCGUUACAUCCAGUUCGGGCAGUGAUACAAGUUCCUCCUCUUCAUCUUCCGAUGGAAGUGAAGACAGUUCUAGCAAUACCGAUAGUAGUUAUACCACUUCCUCGUCAGAUGAUGAGGCCAGCGAACCUGAAGAAAAAGAAACGGCGUCUAAGCGACCGGCAGCAGCAGCAGCAGCAACCGCAACACCAACAGCAGUUUCGGCCAAACGGAAUCUUCGAAAGUCAUUGGACAGCAGGCAAACGGCGGCGGAAUCCAUUGCCACACCUGUGACGGCGGCUACAUUACCUCCACCUUCCACGCCCAAGUCAUCACCCAAAGUGUCACCACAAAAGCAGCUUAGACGUAAUACCAGCACGACAAGCACAAGUAGCCUGGCUACAAACAGCGGCGAUGAUCAGCAACUGUCGGACACAAAUACCAGCAGCAUACAGACGCGACGCAAAUCAGCUCUGCAGGAAGAGGAAAGGGCCCUUAAGCAGCUUAAUUUGGACAAGAAACUGGCAUCCGAUAUGAUGGCGGUGGCCAUGGAUACAAGUGCAGUACCAACAACACCAACAUCACCUUCCCUAAAGUCCAACGACUUGUCAUCAUCUUCGCCUUUGAAAACAGCAUCUUCAUCAACUCUAUCUAGUCCCUCCCCUGCCGUACAUGACCAUCCCAAACAAGAUGAGCUAUCUACACAGCCGGAGGCUCCAACGCCAACAACAACAGCAAAAUUAGCAGAUACGAGAACUUCGGAAACAUAUGAUACGCAAUUGGACCUAGUCCACGAUAAAAUCACAGAAUCCCAACAAACUGGAGCAAUGGAAUCGCUUAUAGAUAAACGUUCCGAGAAACCCAGCCAGUCAGUGACAGAAACUCCUCCUCCACCUCCCACAAAUCUAGCAGAAAAUGAUAUCGAAAUCAUUGAUAAAGAAAAGAAAGCUGAGCCAGAACAGAGCAUUGAUGAUGGACAGCAAAGGAACAGUCUUCUGGCGACGGACAAGGCUGCUGAUGAGAGCGGAAACACAAGAGGUGACAUACCUUCUGAAAGACCAACUGCUGCCAGCGUCGUUUGUUCCGACGAAUGUUCCGAGGUACCCAUGGACAUUGAUGAGGAGCUAACUACGGCUCCCACAAACACCGCCUUGCCACCAGGCGCUGCCAAUCGUUCACCCGCUAAACUUGAUGAUCUAGUCGAUUUAGAUGAUCGUCCGCCAGCCGCACCAAUGCCUGCCUCACCGCCACCUGCACACCACCACCUCCACCAUUCGUCGUCGUCAACAUCCUCAUCAUCUUCGACAGAUGAUGAAAUGUCCAAUGCCAGUGAUGAGGAAAAUAAAUCGCAACGCAAACGUAAAGUUCGCAACCGACGAAGGCGUACACGACCCGGCAGUCCGCCCAUGUUGGCCGAGGAAGAACAUACCCAUCAUACACAGCAUCUGUUGAACGAAAUGGAAUUGGUCAGGGCACUGGAAGAGGAGCGUAAAAAUGAAUUGGCUGCUGCCAAUGCCAAUAGUGCCAAGUAUUCAGCAUCUUCAUCUUCGCCGGCGGUUAUUGCGCCAGAGCCACCAGAAAUCAUAGAUCUGGAUUCAAAUUCCAAUUCGGCGGAAGGUGUAUCAGCAACGGCCACACCAAAAGAGUUGAUGCCCACAUCUGCAGAGACUGUGGCAAAAUCGGCGGUAGACACCCCACCCAAAGCAGCGGCCAGUUCUUUGGUGAUUCCUGAUGUAAAUCUGCUAAAAGAAUCUCAAAUUCCUCCAACACCUGUUUCCAAUGCCACACCAACAACACCGUCUGCUUUGUCAUUGCUGCAAACCUCCAAUCUGGACCUACCCACAACUAUCAACAACAACAAUGCCAACAACACACUGAAUCCAACGGUGGCAAACUCUGUCCUUGAAAGUGCCCACCACCCCAUUGUGGACACCAUACUCGAUUUGGAGGACAAUGCCCAAAAGAAACAACAAGACAAACCGCCCACACUUGGUUUCUCCGCCAAUGAUCUGCUUAACUUUGGCAGUCACAGCGUGGGCCAGGUGGGCGAAAGUCUGACAAGCCUCCUGACGGGAGGUGGCAAGGAAUUGACAGCCGAGGAUAGUAGCCAGGCCACAAUGAACCUAUUGGAAAAGCUAAGGAAAACCAAACGCAGUCGCAAUGAAGAUCCCAAAGAGCCAGAUCUCAUGUUGCCACCACCCACGCCAGCCAUACCAUCGGUGUUUCCCUUUCACAAUGCCGCUGAUCCUGAGGAUAUUAUUCAUGUGCAGAAAGAGAAUGCCUUGUCUGGUUUGGAUACACAUUUCCCAGAUGCUGGAGCACAGCAAACAGCGGCAGGCCCUCUGGACGGGGUAGCCGGCAAUAAUAUGCAACAGGUGAUUGGUUCCUCGCCAAAUACCGGUACACCAGGUGGGGUUAAUAAUUCGGCGGUUAUGUCUGCGGCAGCAUCCUCAAAUAAGGAUACGGGCCUAAGUCUAUUCGGAAGUUUAAGCACAAGUGUUCCGGAGGCCAAUACGCCUGGUCAAAUGCCGCAAUUACCUAGCAAUGCCUUGAAUUAUCUAGAGGGUAAUGGCAAUGAAUUGCAGCAACCACCAACACCGCAACAACAGCAGCAGCAGCAGAGGACACCUCAAAUGACUCCCAUAUCGCCCAUGCAACAACACACACCCACACAUCAUAUGCCUGGCCAGGCGGGCACCACUCCCAACUCAAAUUAUAAUCAACAACAAACACCACUUACACCCAACCAGCAGCAGCAACAACAGACUUCCUCCAAUGUGGCCGAGCUUACAUCGCUCAUGCAAAAGGAAUUGGCCUGUUCCACGCUUGGCAAAUCGCUGGGCAUUGAAAGUUUUGGACAAAAACAAUCCACUCAACAGCAGCAGCAACAACAACAGCAGUCAUCAAUACACAGUUCAAAUAGAAUGUCUUCCGGCUCAAAUUCUCUGACCACAGCUAGCGCGACGCCAGACUUUGUGGACUUACAUGCUGCCGCCACGGCAGCCGCUAAGGACAAUCUCGAUUUCACCAGCUCAGCAUCGGUGGGCAGCAACAAAUUGGUGGUGGACUGCGAUUUCGAUGAAAACACACGCAUGCAAUCACCCUACACCAUGCAGGGCACCCGUAUGUGGAAUGAAAAUGAUUUGAUAGCUGCCAGGCGUUCAACAUCCCCCAGUUCCGUUUCCGAAUCCAACGAUCAGGCUCCAACAUUAGAUUUACAGCAAACCUCUCAGCAGCAGCAGCACACACCGCUACAGCAGCAACAUCAAAUGUCUGGCAGCGGUGGUCACAUUCAGCAAAGUCCUCACAUGCAACAACAACAGCAACAGGGGGGUCCCAUUGGCCCCAAUAUGUUGCAAGGCAAUGCCAAUAACGCCAUGAACAAUGCCAUGCAGGGUGUAACCAAUUCCUCGCCAAAUUGUAAAAAUAGUUUCUUUAAUGCCCUCAAUAAUUUUGGCCUCGCAUCUACAAACUAUGGCCAACAACAACAGCAGCAGCAACAACAGCACUCCCAACAGCAGCAAUCACCCAUGGUUAAUGGCAUUGAUUCCAUGAUGUAUGGCCAGCAGGGAUACAAUACAACACCUGGCAGAACACCCACUAGUCAAACCACUCCACAGCAACAAAUGGCUACCAAUAUUCCAUCUGCUAGCCAACAGUAUAAUGGUUCCGUAACUGGAAUGUUUCAUGACAACACUGCCGCUGCGACGGCGGCCAACAUGUCAGGCAUGAAUCAAAUGCCGUUUGCUUCAGCCAAUAAUGCUGGUGUUAUGUAUCCCGCUGGACCGGGAACAGGUGCUCAACAACAGCAGCAGCAGCAACAGUCACGUCCUACCAAUGAUAUCUUCGGUACAGCAUCCAACACCACUGCAGCCCUUGGCCCAGCAAAUACUUCUGCCGGACAGUAUGGCGGGGCCGCUUUCACGUCUUCCACACAUAAUCUUGCCUUGACCGCAGCAAUUGUUGGAGUCUCGGGACCUGGUAGUCUACUCGAUCAUAAUUCGCCGCGUCAACAGCAGCAUCAUCACCAUCAUCAAAUGCAGGCAGCUGCUCAGCAGCAACAACAAUUCAAUCUAACAUCGCCCAGCAAUGUGAAUGUCGGUGUGCCGCCGGGGCCUUUUAAUAAUCUGCACAUGAACAGCUGUGGGCCGGAAGGUAUGCUUACGCCAAACCAACAGCAGCAGCAGCACCCAUCUUCCACUCAUACCACACCCACCAAGGGCGAUUCUCCCUCCAAGGGCAGUCGCUCAUCGUCCCGCUACAAUCAACAGGGUGCCCAACAACAGCAUCCACGGAACUCACAUAAAUCCCCACAAAUUGGUCAACACAAAUCGCCCGGCAAGUCACCGCGUCAAAUGGAAUUGUUGAGCAAACAAUUACAACAGCAGCAGCAGCAGCAGCAGCAGCAACAACAACAACAACAUGCCGCCCUGGGCCAGGAAUACUCGACAGCAAGCAGCACCACAACAAAAGCACCCAAAUAUGAUCUUAUGACCCAUACCUUGGCGGGUAAACCAAGGCAAAGGGCACCACGUGGUACGGGUGCCGGAUCGCGGGGUCGAGGUCGAGGAAGGGGCCGGGGUCGUGGCGCCAGCGUUGCCAAUUCCAUUAUACCCACAUUGCCAUUGACCAUGAACGAUUAUGUGAGCUCCGACAAUUUGGUUGGAACACCCUUUGAGUUCAGCUAUGAAGAGGAAAUGGCCACACCUGGUAUGGAAAAUCUACAAUCCCUACGAGAUCGUAGACGUUCAUUCGAUUGCCGCAAUGCCCACAAUACGGAUACCCAAAAAUAUCGUAGUCCUGGCUAUAAGGUUAGAGGUGGCAACAGCAGUAUUAUGCCGCCCGGAACAACGGGCAAUUCCCAGACAACUGUCCCAUCCGCCUCGAAUGCUAAUGCCACGGGCAAUGACACAUCAUCGUUGGUGAACUGUGGCAGCUCUUUGAAGAGCUCCAGCAACAGUUCCAAUCUGCACAGUAUAGUACCGCCCAUCAUGCCAGGACCUGUGGACAUGCGCACCUAUAAUCUUGCAUUCGAACCACAACAUUCCAGUGCCUCACAAGAAGCAUACAACAAGAAUUUGUUGGGAGCUUUUGAUUCGGGCACGGCUGAUCAGACAUUGUCGGAGUUUGACGAAGAAGACGAACGGGAAUUCCAAUCGGCUCUGCGGGCCACCGGAACCACAACAUCAAUGAACACACAGAAACCUGCGCCAAUAACAACCCCUGCCUCGACUGCCAAUACAGUUCCUGUUACAGCCUCAAACUCAUCCUUGCUUACUGGCAAUAACAGCAUGGAUUCCAAUAGCCUAAAGGCAACGGGAGGAGCAACAAUAACGGGUAACGUGUCGACGGCGGCGGCGGCAGCCCUCAGUCUCAUAGCCAACACCACCUAUACAGAAACAUUACAGACAUCAGCUAUUUGUGCUACAUCGGCCUCCUCUGUCGUCGCCUCAGCAGUGGGUGUGGGCUCUGGACUUGAACUGAGCAGCGGCAGCGUGAAUACCACCACCUCAAAUCUCACCUCGACCACAACUACCACCAUAUGUUCGGCGGAACUGGUCAACGAUUUGCAAACCUCAAUGGAAACCACCUCUGAAGAUGUGUCCAUAGACUCCGAUACCACCUUGACCACCAAAGCCUCAUUGUCCGAUGCCAAAAAUCAAUUGAAGUUGAAAAUUAAAGGUCCCCUGGCAUAUCCUGAUAUGUACAAUAGUUCCUCAACUCUGACCCAUUCCUCGACGGCAGCUCAGGCGAGUAUGAGCAAUGUCCAGUCCAUGGUGUCGGCCACCACGGUUAUAAGUGCCUCCGUUAGUGGCAGUGGCACCAACUCCCGUCGUAUGCGCAAGAAGGAACUGCUUAGUUUAUAUGUUGUGCAAAAGGACAAUAAUGGUGAUGAUUCCUCCUGCGGCCUGCCUCCAACCGACUCUAGUCUUAUGUCCAAUUCUAUGGAGGUGACACGCAAGACGGAUAGUGUUUGCAGCGAAGUGGAUGAAUACGGAUCGGAGGCAGCUGGAGGAAUGACCACGACGGCUACGUCUAGUAAGAGAUUUAAGAAAACAUCUAGUCGGGAAUUACGUUCCCUGGAUUCGAUGGCGGGCGAGGGUGAUUUAAAUUCGCUGGGCCUAUCAUCGGGAGUGGAUGGUCGUAGACGUAGUGCCUGCUCAUCGGGUAGCACAGAGAACAGUGGUAAAUCGGGGGCAGCGGGUAGUGCGGGUAAACGACGAGGCCGCAGCAAGACUGUCGAAGGAGCUGACGAGGAACCUGCUCCCAAGCUAAAGAUCAAAAUUCGAGGACUGGGCGGAGGCGACGGCAAUGUCAGUGCCACGGCCACAGUCGGUAGUUGUGAGACUAGUUUUAACAGCCACGAAGUCUCAAGGCGUUCCGUGGCCUGUCCACCCAAGAAACGACUCACCUCCAAUUACACGCCCACACUGGAGGCAUUGAUGCGCGACUCGAUGAACUAUCGUGAUCAGGUAAUGCAGGAGUUCGGCGGCGAUGAAGAGGAACGUAGCAGACGUUCGGCCAGUAAUGUUGGUGCCUUGAAGUCCUAUGCCGAAGUCAGUCCCCCACCGCCGGCCAAGAAGGCGAAAUCAUCAAAACCCAAAAAGGAUAAAAAGGAGAAGAAACGUCACAAAAAUCGGGGGGACACUGAUGACAAUGCCAGUCUCAUAUUCGGUGGCGGUCUCAACAGCAAUAGCAUGACCACAACACUGAUCGAGCAACCGAUUAGUGCCUCUCCAGGAGAUCCGCCAAAGUUGAUAUUGCGCAUCAAUAAACGUAAGGCCGAGUCCACAGCCACAGAUACCAGCCUCUCAUCACCGGCCACCGGGCUCAAUGCCGGCGGCCAGUCGGGUGCCGCCAAUCCAGUGGAUGAACCACCUGCAGCCCCCAUACGCCUUAAAUUGGCACGUGUUUCCGAUGGUGGAGUCUAUGUGAUCGGCGAUAAGAAACGUAAAAAAGGCAAGAAAAAUAUCUCCCCCGCCUCCACAGAAGAGCUGACAACAACCAACACCAACUCGAAUACCAGUUCAGCAAUGCACCAACCUAUGUCGUCGUCGUCGCACACAACCCUGGUCGUGCCGCAUACCAAUACCAGCACAGAUUUUGCCAAAUUCGCCGAGGAUGCCAAUGCAAGUGCCAGUAUGAAUUCACCGCAUGUGGCCACCUACAGUCAUUAUAGCAAUGAACCACCCGCCUCUUCACUGAUGUUGCGAGCCGAAUCGGAUGUGGCCAAAGAUUCGAGUACACCUUCGCCGUGUCUGGUGAUCGAUUCAUCGAAUACGGCAAGUUCCAUGCAUGAUCCGAAUGGACCUAACAUGGAUGCCAAUAGAUCGCCGGUCAUUACGCCCACACCAAUGCAUCAAGGAUCAAUAUUGGCAGCUGCAGGUGGUGGGGGUGGUGCACAUUGCAAUGAUAAUAGCAAUAGUCAGUCAUCAUCGGCCCUUAGUAGUCAUACUCAUCUGAGCCAUUCAAAUUCCAAUUCAAUGAUGAGCAAUACAGCUGGUGGCAAAAAUCUGCAGCAGCAGCAUCAGCAUCACCACAGUAACAAUAACAGCAACAGUAACAACAGCGGUGGCAGUAGUAGUGGUGGUGGUGGCGGUAAUAGUUCCAAUGGUGGUGGUAUUAUAUCACUACCCAAGGACUGUGAGGUUAGAUGAUGAAGGCGUUAAAGGGUAACAGAUGACAGCCAGCCAACUAGCCCGGAAACCCAAAGUGCCCAUUAUGUGGAGGAACAAAUGAAGAACGAACCAACCAACAAAGCAACCAACCAACCGACCAACCAUCAUCGUCAUCGUCACUUAGAUGAAUUCUCUAUUCCAAAUUGUUAAUAUAUUUUAAGUCUUAGAAUAUUAGGCUCUAGAUGCCUAAACUAAAACAAAAAACACACACACAUACCCCCCCAUGUAUAUAAAACAUAGAAUUGUGAAAUGAAACCCCCACCCCAAUCCAUAAGAAAAACUCCUUCUGCCUCGCCCUAUGCGUCCCCUCGCCCAUCCACCCUGCCUGCCCAAAGGUAUGAGAGUGAUGUGUUGUUUUGUAUAAAUUAUUUUGAUAUUGUUUUUUAAUUAAUUUAUUUUUGUUUCAAAUGUUGUUGUGUGUAUGAGAGAUAGAGAGAGAAAAAAAAGAAAAGGAUUGUGUGGAAUUGAAAAUAUAUAUAUAUAUAUUUCUUAUUAAUUUUUAAAUUAUGAUCAUUAUAGAUGCCAGGAAAGUGUGCUUAAUUUUGAGACAUUUUGAUUUUUGAAAACAUCAUCAUUUUAUGGUGGGUUAAAAAUGCUUCAUUUAUUUUUCCCCUACAACUUAAAAUUGAGGAUUGAAAAAAAGAAGAAAGUAGUUUUUGUUGUCCUUUUUUUUAAAUUGAGAUCUUUGUCGAAACUGAGCAUAGCUUUACUUUGUGUAUUUAUAAUGAUUUGUAUCCCUAUUUUUUUUUAUUAGAAGUGAACUCAAGAUUAUAUAUAAGAAUUGCAUUUGAUGCAAUGUUUUCUUUAUUAUUAUUUUUAUUUUUCUAAUUUAAAUCAGCUACAAUGUAAAAAUAAUACUGAAUUUAUUUUUAAGGUUUUAUUCGGAGGACUGUACAAAGAUGAUUUUAAUUUUUAGACAACUUUUGAACAUUUUUUUUAAAACUGUAUUCUAAUGAUUUAGUGCAAUUAUAGUAAUGAUAUAAUAAAUUGAAACAAAUGUGUAUUUGUUUAUUUUAAAAAGAAAUAAUAAUUGAAA